AUGACAGAACCAUACACCUUGCAAGGAGCUGCGCAGAGACAGCAAACUUACGAGAUAGUGCUCCGUCCGCUCACCACCAAAAAUGACAUCCAGCGUCUGACAGACAUCAACCGUGAUGCCAUGGCUCCGGAUCUGCUGUCUAAGUGGAUGGAGAUGUACACUCCACGAAGCGAGGCCGAAGGUGCAAGGCUAGCUCUAGAGGAAGCGAUGAAAGACAGCGACAAUGGUGAGAAAGUAUCAGAUGGAAAUUACGGUACUGUGACGGCCGUUGUACGAUCUAUCGCAGACGACGAGGACCAAGAAGUUAUCGCUGGAUUCGUCUACUGGGAGGAAGGUUACAUAAACGUCGGGUCUCUUCAGGCGAGUGCUGCGGCGGAUGCAACUCCUGUCCUGUCAAACCCUGCAAACGACGUGGAGCGUGCCAGACAAGCACGUCUCGCACUGGGUACCGAGAUCUAUGCGCACUCACGGCAGCAUUAUAUUAAGACGAUACAAUGGCGGCGGCACGUCUUCGUACGGCGCUUGAUGGUUGACCCGUCGUAUCAGCGAAUGGGCAUUGGCUCUCUCCUCUUGCGGCAUGUUACAUCGCACGCAGACCAGAACGCCAUGCCUUGUUGGCUGUAUUCACGACCUGCCGGUGUGAAAUUGUAUGAGCAAGAAGGCUUUCGGGCGGUCGGAACAACAGAGCUGUCGACCGCAGAGCUUCCUGGAGUAGGCAUCAGCCUCGGAAUGGUCAGGUGGGAGCAAGGUCCUGGGGUGGGAGACUGGUGA